CAUCCUUGUGUUCGCUCAAAGACCGGCAGCUUGAUUUUAAAAUGCCUUGGCCUGCGUGAUGCAUCUCGCCUGCCGUCCCGAAACUGCGGGUGCCUUCCUAGUCGCGUGUUUAAGCGCCAGUGAACUUCGGCAUCUCCUCAGCAUGUGCCGCGAUGCUUGCAGACUGAGCCCCAUGGCCGCUCCACUGCUGACGCGAGCCAAGUGAGCACAUGGCCUGGCUGGUGCCAAGAAGAUGAUCCAGGAGGAUCUGCGGAGGGGCACAUGGCCAGAACCAAAGAAGCAAAGAUGCCUGAUGGAGAUGCUGGCAAGGCUGGAUGGGCUGGGUGCUCAAUGCAAGAUCGAAGAGGGCACACGGCGCAAGUGUAUCCUUUCAGAACGACAGGCCAAUUGCGUCGAGCAAGCUGACCUGGAUGCAGCAGUAUCAUCCUGUGAGUCACUUCUGCAAGAGUUCAUGUCAUUGCUGGAGGAUUCUUGCUUCCGUGUUAGGAAAGCUGCUGCGGCUUUCCUUUCGCUUUUGGGACACUGCAGCGGUUCCCAUUCGAAGCUGGAGAUCUCUCGAAGCUUUUGCCAUGCGUUACACCGAGAGACCAGUUCAGAAGUUCGAUGUGCGACCGUCGAUGCGAUGGGCCAAUUCGUUUGCACCACAUCUUUGCAGGACCAUAUCUUUAUCCAUUUUUGAGAUAUGUGUGUUGCAUAUGUUUUUUCAUUAGAUCCAACAUCAAUAAAGUCGUUCAUGAUCCAUGUUCAUCAUCGUUCAGACAGUGAGAUCAUCAUUCCUGCACGUCGUCGUUCUUACAUACGAAAACAGAGGAGUCGUGACCGCUCUCGUGUCGUCACAGAACAUGUCGUCACAGAACGUACUGCAGUAUACUUGCCGAGCGAUGUCUUAGACAAAGGACAUCCAUCAUUCCAUUGCUCUCACAUCCAUCACUCUAUGACUAUGAGUGGAGCAGUGCACGGUAGGUCUAGAUCAAGUGACUUGUACAGAUUGCACUCCAGGCAGGUUUGCCUAAAACGAAACCUUUUGCCAUGAUGACAUUCAUGAAAUGCUGGGAUAUUGAGGAUAACGUGGAUUCCUUUUUAGUUGGAGGCUGUGGAGCAUGCCUUUGAGCUGCAUCGAGCAUGUGCGAGCAAAGACAUACUGCAUAUAUAUGUAAUAUGUAAGGAGUUGACGUUGUUUGUGUAGUGACACCUCGAGUCAGGAAGAGCAGACAAUGAUGUUGCUGGCUACUUUGAGUCAUUCGCUAAAGGACCCGUGUCCGCAUGUAUGCGCGCGGGCCAUGGCAGCACUGAACUUGGUGUCCAAAUGCUCGCGAGACCUCAAGCUGGUGGCGCUUCCAGCUGCGCAUUUGCUCACUGACAAUGACCGGUUUGUCCGGGCAAGGGCCGUAUCCACCGUUGCCACCCUGGGAAGACUCGGUGAUGUCACUGGUGUCGUUGCAGAUCUGUCAAUGAGGUGUAAAGAUAGCAGCCCAGAGGUUCAGCAGAUAGCACGUGCUGCCCUCCGGCACCUCAGGCCACCCGGGAGGCCACUCACGAAC